AUGCCGCCUAAGGCAUCCAAAAGUCACUCUUCGAGAAAAUCAACUCCAGUGACAUCCUCAGACGAUGACGCAUUAGCAAAUAAUUAUGCUCCUUCAUCAGCCACAUCAAGAAUUAAAAAAAGAAGGAGAUCAUCAAGAUCUCCAUCGCAUUCAGUUGCAAACAGCGCACCAGUUACUGUUGACAGUAUUCUAACACCAAAAAAGUCAUCUUCUCGUUUAAAAUCGUCGAAAAAAUCUGCGAAAACUGCAGCCAAUACAAUAGAACCAGAAACGAAAGAGGAGAAGGAAGAAACAAAACCAACAAAAAAGAAAACUCAAAAAAUUAUUGUGAAAAAGAAAGGUAAAAUUACAAAUGAAGAUAUCCCCAUACCAACUGAUGGUAAAAUCAAAAAUAUCACUACAAAAACAGCAACAAAGAACGGAAAGAAAGUUAUUCAAAAAACUAUUGUAAUUAAAAAAUCAAAAAAGAAACCAACGAAACCUGUUGAGCCAGAGCCAGAACCAGAGCCCAUAAUUAUCAAGAAAAAGGUCAAAAGGAAACGACCAGCUAAGAAAAUCAUACAUAAAAAAGUUAUUAUUAAGAAAGUUGCUUCUAAAAAGAAGGCACCAAAGAAAGAAGAAGUUCCUGAGCCAGAGCCAGUUAUAAUUAAAAAGGUUAAAAAGGGAAAGAAGAAAGUUGUCAAAACUAAAAAGAAUAUUAUUACUGUUGUAAAGACAAAAUCGAAAGAUAUUACUAAGGAAGAACCAGAAACAACAGAAUCAAAGACUCCUACGAAGAAACCUGCCAAAAAAGGCAAGAAAAAGACAAUUAAAAAGACAAUCAAGAAAGUUACCAAAAAAGCUCCGAAAACAACAGAUCCAUCACCAGCGCCAACACCUAAAAAGUCAAGGCGUGGCAAGAAGAAGAGGAGGAAUACAGCGCCUGUCACUCUUGACUCAAUUAAAUCAACAUCUUCUUCUAAACUCAGCCGUAAGAAAGGAAAGAAGGGUAAAAAGAAAGUGGCUAAAACAGUCGACUUUACAACGGACGAAGAAAACGAUCUUGAGUUCAUGGAACAAAUAUUAAAUCGGCCAGCAAGAAGAAGACAUACAAAUCCUGUAGAAAAGGUUGUUGAAGAAGUUGUUCUCGAAGUGGGUGAAAAUGGAGAAAAUAUUCCAGUUCUUAGACAAAAAACAGUUAUUGAUGAAUAUUAUUCCGAAGAUGAACUCGAAUUGCACUAUCAAGAUAUUGAUGCCUCUAAAUAUGAGAACAGACCGAUCCAAAUCCUUCAAAACCAAGAUCCAGACGAUCAAAAAGUUGAAACUAAAAUUAAUGUUGCUUCAAUCCUUGCAAAGAUGAGCGAUACCAAGCCAGCAGCUCCUCCACCAGAGAUUAUUGUUGAUGACUCAAGAGUUCCUCAAAAUCUGAAGUCAAUGGUCGCUCUUUUAGACUUAACACCAGCUCCUCAAAUUUCCCAAUCUCCAGAAUUGAUUCCUGAUGAUGAUGACGAACAUUUGAAGAUUAAUAUCAAUCCAAUAGAAGUCUGCUACUCAUAUCCAUUCAUGGCUGCAGACAACGCCCUAAAAUGCGCAAUAGAAGCAACAGAAAAAAAGAAAAACGUGGCUCAGUAUUUACAGGAAAUUCACGCGGAUAAUGUGACUGCUGUAUUGACAAUGAAAGCUGGAGCUGCAAUUGCACAGGAACUAGUUCCUGCUCCAAGACUUGUUAUUCCAAAAUAUACAAGAUCUUUUGAAGUCAAAGGUGAAUUUUAA